AUGAAUGAAUUGCGCCAAGCUAAUAAAGAACUUCACGAUGAAAUCGAUCGAUUGGCUCAAUCAAACAGAGACUACGAACGCCGAACACACAAUCUUGAACGGGAUAUAGUUUUACGUGAGGAAAGAAUUCGAUAUCUCGAAGAGGAGUUAGCAAAUGCAAUCGAACUUUCAAUACAAGAAAGGGAGGAAUUGGAAAAAGAGAUAUCAGACCUAAAAAAAAUCGUCUAUCGUCUUAAAAAGGAGAUCGAACAAAAAGAUAAGGAGCUUAUUACCAGGGAAAAUCAAUUAGCUGAAUUUGACGUAAGAGAAAAAAAACUCAAAACCCGAAUUCGAGAAAUAUCAAAAUCUGCAGGUAAUACUCAUAAAGCAUAUACCCAAACGGCAAAGUUAAUAGAUGAGAAUGAACGUCUCAAACGUGAAAUCGAUACUUUAAAAUAUAAUCUUAGAGAUCGAGACAAUAAAUUAGCUCAGAAAAAAACUCGUAUUACAGAUUUACAUUGUCAAAACUUUGCAUUAACAUUAUUAAGAUACCGAGAUAGAGUAGAACUUAUAAAUACUCAAGAAACUUUGCAAAAUGCUCAGAUAUGGAAUAUAGAAAAUGAAUAUGAAUCAGAUGAAAAUUCUCAAGAUAGUUAUACAUCUGACCCAGAUAUGGCAACAAUAGCUGAGCUAGCCGAUACUAUUGAUGGUUAUUUGGAUAAUCCAGGAACAAAUAGAACAAUUUUAUCCAAUCAAAUAAAAAGAGUUACAAGACAGAUACGUCGCAAAUACAACAAUCUUCAAACAGAUCUUAUAAAUGAGCAACAACAAAGAUAUAAUGCUGAAGCAGAACGUGAUAUACGUCAAACAGAAUUAAGAAAUACAGAAGCAGAUCUUAAUUUAUUGACUGCAGUAUAUAAUAAUGAAAGAGUUGUAUGCCAGCAGUAUUUUUUAGAAUUACAACAAUGUCGUAUCAGAAUAGAUACGUUGAAAAAUGAUUUACACUUAUGUGAUAUACAACUUGAUAUUAAAUGGGGAAAGUGGAAAAAUAGAACUCGAAAUGCAGAACAAUUAAUUUUAAAUUUGCAAGGACAAAUUUUAUUGUUACAAAAUAACCCACAAAAUAUGGCAGAAGGUAGACGACGACCAGUAUUAAAAUUAAUCUAUCAAUCUUUUCAACCAAUUUCACAAUAUAUAGGCCAAAUGCCACCUGAUGAUUAUGUAAAUACAUUAGAACAAGCAUGGUCUAUUGCAGUGCCUCAAAUGACGGCUCUUGAAAAUGCGAAUGCAGGAGAUUUCAAUGAUGCUGUUAAAUGCGAUGUUUUAAAAAGCAAAAUAGGUGGAAAAUUUGCUCCAGUGCCUGCAAAUGAUCCUUUUACAUUAGGAAAUCCUGCUAUAAAUACACCUGCCACAUUACGAGCUUAUUUAAAUGCCAAAUAUCAAAGAGAAACAAUAG